CGGUGGUCAUCGUUGGAUCUUUCAACAGAAAUCAAUCAUAUUGUUACACAUCCACAACUGAUGCCGAUACCAACAUUCAAUCGUCGCUCAUCACCGGCGUAAACCAGUUGAGCCGCUUGCGGCAUAAAAAAGUACCAUAAAAUGCGAAAAUAAAUGUUGAAGAUCACUCAAACAAAUAUUUCCACUGAUUAAUUCAUCAAUUAAAUACUUAGAAUUAAUUUUGAAACCGAUAGAAGUGAAGUCUCUUCUCCAAGCAUUGUCAAAAAGAUUCUGCCGCUACCCAUUGUCUUUUAACGAAGUUUUUUUUCGCCGUUCCAGGGAGGAGAACGACAACGUCAACAUCAUCUCAUACGAUGGCUGAGGGACUCAUCGACAACACAAAAUAUCUACUGACAUCGUGCCUCACAGUCCUUUCUCAGAUGUCAUUGGGCCAGGUAUUGCUUCGUGUUCUGGACCGAGGCUUUUGGAUCAUCGAAAAAUCGGCUCAAUGGAGUCUUCCCUAUCACGAGUCAGUAACUGAGGAGAAUGGAAAGUUCUUUCAGAGCAUGGAGCUCGUUAGACCUCUUCCCUGGGUGCUCUUCCUCCCGGGAUUGAUUCUACUCCGUCUAUUCCGACUUGAAUGGAAUGUUGGAGCUUUAGUCUUUGGGUAUCCAACUAUUGAGCCCAGUGAUAUCGUCAAGUAUGUUCAGAAGACUAGAAGACGUCUAAGAUCGAUCAAGGCCAAUGGCAUCAAAACACAAAGGCAGAAACGAGGCGCCAAUAGUCGUCCCCUGGAAACGAGUCUGCAAGAGGCGAACAGAAGUCUGAUUAAAUCCAUCCAAUUAACCCUGUCCAGUCUUUCGUGUCUUGAUAACUCCAAGUCGAAUCACUCGCCUCCACCCACCAGGAUUCAAGUUAGCGUAAAUCAUGAAAUGUCAAUAACUUCUGAUGAGAAAUCUGCUACCGAAUCGACAAUCACUGCCUUCAGGACAAUAGAUCAAAAGAGAAAGUACGCCCAGAUAAGUUCAGAUGAUGAAGAGACUGAUGAAUCAGAGGAAGAAAAUUUGAACUCGAAGAUUGAGCGUCUGGCACGUGAGAGUAGCAUUGAUGAUGAGGACUUUGAACCCGAGGAAAGUUCUGACAAUGAAAAAUCGAGUGAAACCGAUGAGGAAGAUGAGGAGGAGAAGAUAUCUGAUCAUGAAGUCAAUGAUUUGAUACAGGAAAAUAAAAAAUCGUUGGCUACCCACAAAUUCCUUUUUUCUAACAGCAUUAAGCACACAGAUAAUGACAGCCAGGAUAUGUGUCCCACCAACAAUAAACAAAAUCCAGAGAUCGAACUUAUGGAGGAGCAACGGGAAUAUUUCUCCCCACUGAGUGGGGAUGAUGGGGAAGCUGCUUUUUAUUCACCAAUCAGCUCCAAGAGCUCGAGUCCAGAAAGGGUUUUACGCACGUUUAAAGGACAUGAAGAAAACUACCAAGCCACCGGGACAGAAACAGUAAACCAUAAUUAUGAUGCUGAUGUGGAUACUAAAGUUAUCGAGAAAAGCAAUGGACGUGCAGAAACGAGUGGAUCAAUACCAAUAAUAAAUCCAAACAAAUGUGCACCAAAAUUCCAACAUAAAUCGUAUCAUCAUAAGGGAAGAAGAAUGAGCCAUGGAUGUCGCAAGAAGAAAUAAUACCUCAGAGGGUGACUUUCAUUUGAUUACGCAUCUACUGACAUGAAAAAGAGGUUCAUCAUCUCGUCUCACCUGUCGCGUUAUGGCUCCAUUCUUCCUCAUGGCUUACUAUGUUCUAAUUACUCAUUGAUAAUCUUUUUUACAAACUUUUACUAUUAUGAUAAAAUAAGAAAGCUAUUUAUACAAAUUAUCAUUCAUUACAAUUCAUAAUUGCACGGUUCCAAUUUUUGUAUAUGACUUAGUCACUUAUAUCAAUAACUUAUUUAAUUAAUUAGUUGUAAUCUUUAUGUGUUACUCUGUGUUAUUCAAAUUCAGGUAGGAAAUUCUAUCCAAUGAAUUAAAUAUUGAAGAAGUGGCAAUUUGUUAAGAGUGAAUGUUCUUUAACUGUUUGUCGAAAGGGGAUUUAAUGAAAUAUUUUCAUAAAGCUCUUUAGUCGUUCACCUUUGGAGCUUAAUAAACAAAUAAAAAUUCUUAUAUCAUGGGAGUGAAGACUCUAAA